CGCUGAAGCCAAGACCUCCACCUUGAAGCACUAACUACACUAUCCGCCGCCAUUGUUUCUGCUCUUGCGUAGAGUGUCUCUCCAACUGAGCAACCCGAAUCCUGACUGACUUUUUCGUUUGAUCGCGCGCGAAAUAAUAGAGGCGGCAAGCAGCAACACUGGCGGCCGGUGCGCUUACGCUCGCCCCCUGGAUUUCAGCUUUGGCCCUUGGUCUUCUGAAGUGGCGCUUCACUUUAUCAUCGUUCGGCCUUUCAGGAAACGCCUGGCUGGUAAUCCGAAGCUGGCAGCUGGCAGCUGCGGCGGCAAGUGGUGACAACAACAACACAUUGCCCGUCAGCUUCAGCCGCACUGCCAAGCGUGCGCAGCUAGAUCAUAUCGGCCAAGCACUCGUGCUAUAACUUGUGGGUAUUAAUGGCUCGGAAAUUGCCGGGUUUCCGGCCAGCACGGCUACUCUAGCUGGCCGAGACUUGCCACCCGAUUCAAGACGGAUCUGAUCAAGACGAUUCUGCUUCCCGUGGCCCAUGAACUCUCUACAGUACAACUGACAAGUGCGGCGGCCUUGGUUUCUUCGAGCGUACAGUGUCUUCCGACGUCCCACCGCCGACAUCCUUUCGUCGUUCUUGUAGCUCUCCCGUCGCCGUGCCUUCUCUAGCAAGCGACCCCAGUGUUUAAGAGGAGUUAUUAUGGCCGCUCCGCUUUCAGCACGGCAACUUGGGACGCCACCUUGUCAUCACGCCACGUCAUCACCGCCUUAUCGUGCCAUGUCAGCUUACCCGAAGUCACCAUUCAGUAGCCAUCGUGUAUCAGUCACGAAUGGUGCAAGCAAUAUACCACACUCGUUAUUAACAAGGGGUACGUUUAGCCGAUGGUCUCAACCCUAUCCCCGCUUUAAGACGUUGCGUAACACGAGGACGUCGCUCUCCGUUAAGUCAAGGACGUUAAGGUUUCGGUGCAAGGCUGGCUCUGGCAGCUCGAACGGGAAUAAUAAUCCGGACGACAGGAAUAGUUCGCGAAAUAGCAGCGGGAACGGCCAAGAGGGAAACGUCCGGGGAGAUAGCGACAGCAAGAGAGGGAAAGAUGGUGACGUGUCGAGAGAGCAGCAGGCGGAGGGGCUUAUUAUUGAAGAAAGACGCGCGAAUGCGUCGAUAAGGAGGUAUCGAGUCACCCGGUCUGAAGGUGCUGUACACGUGGCAGAACCCCCUUCCUCCAUCCCCCCUGCUGUUACUUCUGCCAAUGGUGCUGCUGGUGGCUCUAACGAGGGUGACCGUAACGGAGGCAGAAGCGAGCCUGCCCGAAGCGGCCAAUUUGACUCGCUGGUCCAGUCAGCAAAGAAUUUCUUCCUGCCCGCUGGAUACCCUGACAGCCUUACCAGUGACUACACAACGUAUAUGCUCUGGCAGUUCCCGGUGCACAUAACGGGGUGGGCGUCAUCCACCCUCGUCACCUCCACGCUGCUACAAGCCGUGGGAGUGGGAUCCCUUGUUAAAGGUGGGGCUACUGCAGCUGCUGGCGCUGCCGCUGUUUCUGGUGCUGCUGCUACUGCUGGUGCUACUGGUGCCGCUGCUGCUGGUGCUGCUUCUGGUGCUGCCACUGCUGGUGCUGCAGGUGCAGUGGCAGCAGGAGCAGCAGCAGGAGCAGCAGUAGGUGCAACCGUAGCAGCAGGAGCAGCAACCAUAGCCACCACAGCAGCAGCCGCUCUCCCGGCAGUAGACCCUGCCUCAGCUGCCGCCGCCACCGCAGCCAUCAAAUGGGUGGCAAAGGACGGCAUAGGUGCGGUCGGCCGCCUGCUAGUGGGCGGCCGGUUCGGCGCCAUCUUCGACGAGGACCCGAAGCAGUGGAGGUUCGUCGCGGACCUGAUAGGCUCGGCCGGGGCCAUCUUCGAGCUCGCCACUCCCCUCGCGCCGAACCACUUCCUCCUCCUAGCCUCCCUAGGCAACCUCACGAAAGCAGUAGCCAAGGGGCUGAAAGACCCUUCGGCUAGGGUUAUCCAAACGCACUUCGCCCUUUCAGCGAACUUAGGGGAGGUAGUGGCGAAGGAGGAGGUGUACAAGGUGAUGGCGCAGCUGGCAGGGCUCGGGUGUGGUGUGCUGCUGCUGAGCUCGCCCUACAUUGCCGAGUCGUAUUGGAGCCUCGUCUCCACGUGGGCUGUGCUGCGCUCGUCCCAUCUGGCCCUCCGAUUCAAGUCGCUUUCCGUCCUUGAGUUUGAUUCCCUCAGUUUCAAGCGCACGGCUAUUCUGGCCAGAGCGCACGUGGCAGGGGCGCCAACGCUACCCUCCGUCCAGGCAGCGAACCGAGAGGAGCGCCUAUGGCUGCCCCGCCGGCUCACCUCCCCCAGCAUUCGCCUCGGCUGCUCCCUUGCUGACAUGUCGGCCCUGCUGGAGCGACAGUCGGCCAAUCGAAUGGCGCUCCCAGACCUCCUGGCACUGUACCGGGAGGAGCAGCAUGUGCUUCUAAUGGAUGAUAACGGAGCAUUCUCGGUUAUUUUCAAGGUAAAACCUUUCUUUCUUCUUCAAGGUAAAACGUUUCUUGCCUCUUCAGGGUAAUCUCUUUUGCCGCCUCCAUUUUCAGGCUCCUGUCUCACUAUCUCAUUCUCCCUCUCUACCCUCUCCCCUUUCUUGAGGUAGCCUAGCCUCUGCUUGCCCACAACCUUUCCCAACGAAAGAAGAGGAAAAGAGUGCUUUUCAUGUGGGCUCAUCACCACCUGUGGAUUCCAGUUUUGUAGGUGCCUCAAAAGUAGCCUCUGCUUGCCUACAACCUCCCAACGAACGUGCUUCUCAUGUGUGCUCAUCACCACCUGUGGAUUCUAGUUUUGAGGCGCCUCAAAAGUAGCCUCUGCUUGCCUAAAACCUCCCAACGAACGUGCUUCUCAUGUGUGCUCAUCUCCACCUGUGGAUUCCUCCCUUUCUCUUCCACCCUUCCCAACCCCCAGCCCCAACCACCCCCCCCCCAAUUUACCACCCUCCAUGAUCUAAUGUCCAAUGCAGCAAGGAGAAUUGAAGGCAACGGUAUUGAGGGCUGUGGAGCAGGCGUGCCGGUUGCAAAUUUUGAAUCUGCUCAAAUCCCCCCCCCCCUCCUCCUCCCUCUCCCUCUUACCUCCCUCCAUGAUUUGGUGCAGCAAGGAGCAUCAAAGGGGACAGUACGGAGGGCUGUAUGGCAGGCAUGCUGGAUGCAGCAUGUUGAGUCGGCUCAAAAGACACCCCUCACCCCACCCCGCCCCCCAUUGCAGCAAGAGCAGCGACGGGGACAGUACUAAGGGUUGUGUGGCAGGCGUGCUGGCUGCAGCAUUUUGAGUCGGCUCAAAAUAAACCUCCUCACCCUACCCCCCACCCCCCCCAUUGCAGCAAGGAGCAUCGAAGGGGUCAGUUCUGAGGGUUGUGUGGCAGGCGUGCUGGCUGCAGCAUUUUGAGUCGGCUCAAAAUAAACCUCCUCACCCUACCCCCCACCCCCCCCAUUGCAGCAAGGAGCAUCGAAGGGGUCAGUUCUGAGGGUUGUGUGGCAGGCCUGCUGGCUGCAGCAUUUUGAGUCGGCUCAAAAUAAACCUCCUCACCCUACCCCCCACCCCCCCCAUUGCAGCAAGGAGCAUCGAAGGGCAAGGAGCAUCGAAGGGGUCAGUUCUGAGGGUUGUGUGGCAGGCCUGCUGGCUGCAGCAUUUUGAGUCGGCUCAAAAUAAACCUCCUCACCCUACCCCCCACCCCCCCCAUUGCAGCAAGGAGCAUCGAAGGGGUCAGUUCUGAGGGUUGUGUGGCAGGCCUGCUGGCUGCAGCAUUUUGAGUCGGCUCAAAAUAAACCUCCUCACCCUACCCCCCACCCCCCCCAUUGCAGCAAGGAGCAUCGAAGGGGUCAGUUCUGAGGGUUGUGUGGCAGGCGUGCUGGCUGCAGCAUUUUGAGUCGGCUCAAAAUAAACCUCCUCACCCUACCCCCCACCCCCCCCAUUGCAGCAAGGAGCAUCGAAGGGGUCAGUUCUGAGGGUUGUGUGGCAGGCGUGCUGGCUGCAGCAUUUUGAGUCGGCUCAAAAUAAACCUCCUCACCCUACCCCCCACCCCCCCCAUUGCAGCAAGGAGCAUCGAAGGGGUCAGUUCUGAGGGUUGUGUGGCAGGCCUGCUGGCUGCAGCAUUUUGAGCCUGCUGGCUGCAGCAUUUUGAGUCGGCUCAAAAUAAACCUCCUCACCCUACCCCCCACCCCCCCCAUUGCAGCAAGGAGCAUCGAAGGGGUCAGUUCUGAGGGUUGUGUGGCAGGCGUGCUGGCUGCAGCAUUUUGAGUCGGCUCAAAAUAAACCUCCUCACCCUACCCCCCACCCCCCCAUUGCAGCAAGGAGCAUCGAAGGGGUCAGUUCUGAGGGUUGUGUGGCAGGCGUGCUGGCUGCAGCAUUUUGAGUCGGCUCAAAAUAAACCUCCUCACCCUAC